UGGUUUCGAGGCUAAAACAGGAAGAGCCGCCAUGACAGUCUACGACCCUAAACAUUAACCCAAAUGUAUUUUAAAUCACAAUAUAAUAACGUACAUUUACGAAACUUUAAAACGUCACAAAUUACUUAUACAAGCGAAUAAACGAAGGAGCGACUCGUAUUACGUCACGCUUCCAGCGAAGUAAGCGUCGGUUGCCAAGGCGACGGGAAGGUGAUUAGAAGCGAAGGUAACAAACGAAGGUGCCAACUCGCAUAAACUUUGUGGCAGGAAAAGAUGAUGUCGAGAUCGAUUCGAGCGGAAACAAGGAGCAGGGCGAAAGAUGACAUCAAGCGGGUUAUGCAGGCCAUCGAUAAAGUUAGAAAAUGGGAAAAGAAAUGGGUAACUAUUGGUGACACAACAAUGAAAAUUUACAAAUGGGUUCCAGUUACGGUCUAUGAACAAACUCAGCCUAGAGGAAAAGCUAAAGGUACGGGAAGUGGAAAUAAAGAGAAUAUAGAAAAAUGCGGAAAAGCUGGAGAUAAAAGUGGAAAAAGAGAUAUUAGGAGUGGACCAGAUAUUAAAAGGUUAGAAACAUCCGAAUCGACCUGUAUGUCAGGAAUGACAGAGGAAUCUAGUAUAGGUUUUGUAGACAUCAGUCAAGAUUCUCAGGCAGAAACAAUCGAAUCUCAGCCGCCUAGCGACGAAGCCACAAAUCUCAGUCUCCCCGAAAACAGCAGCGAUGCCCAAUUUCCAGACAGCCACCAUGAUGGUCCUCCCACGCUAAAGCAAGAAGAAUCUAGCGAAGACAGUAGCGAACCGCCACCGAAAAAAAAUUAGGUCCGAACGGAGGCGGCACCCGCCCUAUUUUUUACCAAUCUUCCCGUUCGCGAGAGUAACUUCGUAUGCAGAUGCACCAUUUAUAAAAACUUUAUAUCUAAUAAACUAUUGUAACAAAACUUGCGUGAUCGACAAAAAAUAUAGUUACAAUUACGUCUAAAAACUAGCACGAUACAAAAAUCUUCGUAUAAAAAAAUAUGAAAUUGAUUAGCUGCCAAAAUUGGGCCUUCAUAAAAUGACACACACGUAGUUCGUAUUACAAACGAUACAACGUGCAUAUAUAUAUAUAUAAUACUUUAAAAAGUAGCUGCAUGAACUCCGUCCGACGCAUUCUUCCAUUUUACUAAGCAACGGGACUCGAAAAUUCACAUCUGAAAGAAAACAAUUUUAUAAGUAUUACAAACUAGAAAAUUUAAAAACAACCUUUUAUGUAGCAUUUUUCAUAUUAAAAUGUCUGAAAGAAACUA